CAAAAAUCAAAAAUACCUAUACCUUCCUCAUUAUAUACUUCUAAAAAACAAGAAUUACUAGGCUCUUCUAUAUUAGCUUAUACUUCUAAUCCAAAUACACUAAAUGAAACACCAAAGUGUGAUUAUUUCUCAACUAAAUGGUCAAGAGCCUGUCGUGAUAACUUGAAAGAGCAACCUGAAUAUUUAAUUAAUUCAAAAAGACAAAAAUUAAAUAAUCAGCAUGGUCUUACAAACUUUUUUCAACAAAAAACUUUUUUAUAUUCAUUAUAUGAUUUUUCUACAAAUUCUUAUAUGGAUGAAUUUCUUGCAAAGAAAAUUGACACUGUUCUGGCAAAGACCCAAAAACGAUGGAAUGAGCAACUACAAAACACUAUUAAUGAUCACUUUGGCAAGCUAAAACAGGUUGGUCUUAUUGACAGUCCAAAUAGCCAAUCUAUUGAAAAAGAACAAAGCAACCGAUUGACACUAGCAACUAUAUGCUUAACUUCAGAAAUGAAAGAUAUCAUAGUUCAAGAUAAUUAUCAAUCUACUCCAACACUUAACAACAUAAUAACCAACCCAACCCUGCCAGGAAAUACUAUGUGUAUAAAUAAUGAAUUAUCAAUAAUGAAAAACAAAGCUAACAAGUACAGAUUAAGCAGCUAUAACUUUCAACAUAUAGCUCAGUACAAGCUAUCACGUAACAUGAUGACACAGCAGAUUCAAAUAUUACUGCAAAUUGAAUCAAGCAAAUUUAAUAUAGAAUUAGUAAUAGAUAUUAGAGCAUUCAGAGCACUAACAAAUCAGCAUCCAAAUCACCCAUUUAUCGAAUACUUGAUAAAAGAAAUCUCAAAAGGGUUUAGAUUUAAUUUUUCAGAAAAGCAUAUAAAAAGGGUUCAAGAAAAUCUGAAAUUAAUUGAACCAAACACAAUGGCCUUUAGAAAAUAUAUCCAGGACAAAAUAGAGAAAGGUCGUAUGUGUAGACCAUUCCCUAAAGAUUAG